CUUCCUGCGCGCUCCCCUCCCCGGCCCCGCCUCCGCGGCUCCCGCCCUAGAGCUGUUGGGAUUUGAAUCUGCCGCGGGUUGCAGCCGGAAGUGUCGAUCCCCUAGCCAGGCAUGGAGAUCCACUACCCCGGUGUGCGGUCCCCGGUGCAAGAGCAGCGUGCCCGCUGGGAGCGGAAACGCGCUUGCACCGCCCGGGAGCUGCUAGAGACUGAGCGGCGCUACCAAGAACAGCUGGGGCUGGUGGCCACGUACUUUUUGGGGAUCCUGAAAGCCAAGGGGACCCUGCGACCACCUGAGCGCCAGGCCCUGUUUAGCUCCUGGGAGCUCAUCUACGGCGCCAGCCAGGAGCUGCUUCCCUACCUGGAAGGAGGAUGCUGGGGCCAAGGGCUGGAGGGCUUCUGCCGCCACUUGGAGCUCUAUAACCAAUUUGCUGCCAACUCAGAGAGAUCCCAGACCACCCUGCAGGAGCAGCUAAAGAAAAAUAAAGGUUUCCGGAGGUUUGUGCGGCUUCAGGAAAGCCGCCCUGAGUUUGGGGGCCUUCAGCUCCAGGACCUACUCCCUCUGCCUCUGCAGCGGCUCCAACAGUAUGAGAAUCUCGUCGUUGCUUUGGCUGAAAACACAGGUCCCAACAGCCCUGACCAUCAACAGCUCACACGGGCUGCCCGACUGAUAAGUGAGACUGCCCAGAGAGUCCACACUAUUGGUCAGAAACAGAAGAAUGACCAGCACCUUCGGCGUGUCCAGGCUCUGCUCAGUGGACGCCAGGCAAAGGGGCUGACCUCAGGGCGCUGGUUCCUAUGCCAGGGCUGGCUGUUGGUGGUGCCUCCCCAUGGGGAGCCUCGGCCCCGCAUGUUCUUCCUCUUCACUGAUGUGCUCCUCAUGGCCAAGCCUCGACCUCCACUGCACCUGCUGCAGAGUGGCACCUUUGCCUGCAAGGCCCUCUACCCCAUGGCCCAGUGUCAACUCAGCAGGGUCUUUGGCCACUCAGGAGGCCCUUGUGGUGGGCUGCUCAGUCUGUCCUUCCCUCAUGAGAAGCUACUGCUUAUGUCCACAGACCAGGAGGAGCUGUCACACUGGUACCACAGUCUGACUUGGGCUAUCAGCAGCCAGAAAAACUAGAGGAGUCUUACAGAUUCCAGAACUCAGGAUACCUCAGGGAUAGGUCACAGCCAGGACUACAAAGGAAUCUUCUUCAGCACUGAACAAAACAGAACCCUUCAUGAUUUGACAAAGGUCACUUUGUGUUUGCCUGGACCAAGCUACUCAAGAUCACCUGACCAACUCUUAAAAAUCACGACCAGGCACAGUGGCUCAUGCCUGUAAUCCCAGCACUUUGGGAAGCAGAGGUGGGAGGAUCGUUUGAGCCCAGGAGUUCAAGACCAGCCUGGGCAACACAGUGAGUGAGACCGUGUCUCUAUUUAAGAAAUUUUAUUAAAAAAGAAGAAUCAGGAAACCAAGUCUGACCCAACUGAACCAGCCCCUAACACAGUUGAGGGGAUUUGGGACUGAUAAGCUCCGUGCUGUGUCCAUGGCCCAUCAUUUAUCAAGGCUGCAGCUUUGUAAAUGUGGCUAUUUUUAUGUUGUGUAUAGUUUCCAUCAUUUAUUUUUCCACUGGAUUUGAGUAAAGUUUUUUUCUUGUUUUGGGGAAAGACCCUUCUGUCUCGGUUUUGCUAUGAGAAAAGGGAUUUUUGGGCCCUGAACACCGGCAUGCUGGUGGCCUCAGGCAUACAAGGAAAAGAGCUGGAGCUCCCUCUAUCUUCUCUGCUGUCACACUGGAAGGCAACCUUUUUGUCCUAAUAAGGACAGCUCUUCAAGAAGGCUCAGUUGUCCUUAGGCACCUAGUAUGGGUGUGUACAACCAGCUAGGAUGGAAAAAACACACAGGAGCACCCCAUCACAAAAACAGACUUUGUUUUACUCAACCUUCAGCUAUCGUCCCUCCUUCCCAGCCAGGGCUGUGACUGGGGCCCUCUGCCACAGUCUGGCUGCACCUUCUCCGUAGCCCCCGUUCCACCUCCUGGGAAGUAGAUAGGUUCCAUGUCUCUGUGGUCCAGUUUGUGGGCUCCUCCCAGUCCUGACUGUCACCAACCUCCUCCUCGUCCUCCUUUAAACAAAAGUCCUCAGGAAGAGAUCUGCUGGUCUCUGUGUGGGGAGAGAUCAGGAAUGUUCCAGUUUCAGAGACUUUGUCUCCACCUCCAGCAGACUCGCCUCCCAAGCCUUCACCUGGUUCUGAAGCCUCCAUACCCUUGUCCGGCUUGCUGUCUUGCAACAGCUCAUGGAUGGUCCGUAGCUUCAUGUUCAGAAGCUCCUGCUGGGCUCCAGCCAGAGUAGUCACACUGAAGAAAUGUCCACUCAGUGGCUCCCAACCUAUGUCCCCAUUCCUCCCUCCUGCCACAAAUUCCCCAAAAAUUAACAGAAUCAUUGCUCUCCUCACCGCUCAAAAAGGGGGUCCAGCUGGGCCAUCAGGUUGUUCAGGUGCUGCUCUGUCUGGGCCAGCUGUUGUGUCAACUGGGCCAGCUGUUGCUCUGGGGAUAAGGCAAAAAAGGGGGGCAGAAGUGGUUACGUAUCUUCUGCUGUCCCCUCAUCUCCCCCUACCCAGCACAGACUUCUGCUAAACCCACCUGACUGCAGUGGCUGCUGCUUGCUUGCCUCCUUGUGGAGAACCACAGUUUCAUCUUUCCCCUGUUGUGGAAGAAGGAAAGGGCCGUACUGAAGCAACAAGGUUCUGCUCCACCUCAGUCUCCAGAGCCAGCCAGAAGAGAGUGCAAUUUGAGGUGGAGACGGUGAUUGGAUUUUUAGUUCAGAGAAUAGCAAUUCUAGUCUACCUAGCUCCUCACCCAGCACAUGAAGCAACAUGUCCUAUGUCCCACACACGGUCAUUCAGUUUGCUGAAAAACACCUCCAGGAAUGAGCAACUCUCUCCGGUUUGAAUAUGGCUCUGGUGGCUGGGUGCGAUGGCUCACACCUGUAAUCCCAGCACUUUGGGAGGCCGAGGUGGGUGGAUCACCUGAGGUCAGGAGUUUGAGACCAGCCUGGCCAACAUGGUGAAACCCCGUCUCUACUAAAAAUACAAAAAUUA